CGAAAUUGUCCUAAACAUGACUGUAAUGGCGGACGCACAGGCGCAGAUUGAACUCAAUGAGGGGUACAGAUUGCCUGUGCUUCUCAAUAAUGGCGACGGAUGGCAUAUGGCAGAGAUUCUUGGCAAAAAGGAAUUCCAAGGAAAACAUCUGUACUACAUCCAUUAUGAAGACUUUAACAAACGUCUUGAUGAAUGGGUGCCAGAGGAAAGGAUGGAUAUUAGCAAAGCAGAGCUUCCAAAGAAAGACCCUAAAACUCCCAAAAAGGAAUCUGGAAAACUUGGAGGAGGCGGAGGAGGUGUUGGCACUGGUGCAGGUCCUGGAUCUAGGCCUGUCACACCGGAAAAAGAACUAUUGAAUGGCACAGCAAUGACAUUGUCCUUGUCAAAUAAAAAGUCCAGUGUAAACAGAAAACGGAAGGGACUAGAUGAGGACUCUAAUCACACCAUGCAGACAGGUGUUGGACCCUGCCAGAUUGGAGAUACACCAAUACACAGCAGGAACUCCACACCAACUCCAAACCUACAACCACAGACACCUCUUCCCCUGGAUCCCCAGGAAGCUCCCUCUGGAGCUAAAGUUCCUCGUCAGACGGGAAGUAUGGUGGCACACCAUGACGACAUCGUCACCAGAAUGAAAAACAUAGAUCUAAUAGAGCUAGGAAAAUACAGAAUAAAACCUUGGUACUUCUCUCCAUAUCCUCAGGAACUUGCUGGUACUCCUAUUGUGUUCAUCUGUGAAUUUUGUCUGAAGUAUGUCAAAAGCAAUAAAUGUUUGGAAAGGCAUUUAGCUAAAUGUCUUUUAAAACAUCCACCAGGGAACGAAAUUUACAGAAAGAGUAACAUAUCCUUCUUUGAAAUUGAUGGGAGAAAGAGUAAGAGUUAUGCACAGAAUCUCUGCCUUUUAGCAAAAUUAUUUCUAGACCACAAAACCUUAUAUUAUGAUACAGAUCCCUUCUUAUUCUAUGUCAUGUGUGAACAAGAUGUCAAAGGAUAUCACAUAGUGGGAUUCUUCUCCAAGGAAAAAGAAUCUACAGAGGACUACAAUGUAGCAUGUAUAUUAACACUACCACCGUAUCAGAGGAAAGGCUAUGGGAAACUGCUGAUAGAAUUUAGUUAUGAAUUAUCCAGAGUGGAAGGGAAGACUGGUUCCCCAGAGAAGCCCUUGUCAGACCUUGGGCUUUUGUCCUAUAGGAGCUACUGGUCACAAACAAUCCUGGAAAUUCUCAUCAACAUGAAACCAAGUGAAGGCACCGACCGCCCUAUCAUCACAAUCAAUGAAAUCUCUGAAAUGACGAGUAUCAAGAAAGAAGAUGUUAUUUCCACUUUACAACACUUGAAUCUCAUAAAUUACUACAAAGGACAGUACAUCAUCACAUUAUCGAAUGAACAAAUAGACACACAACUCAAGGCCAUGGCAAAACGCAAAGUGAGAAUAGACUCAAAGUGUCUACAUUGGCAGCCGAAAGACUGGAGUAAGCGUGGCAAGUGGUGAGAGAGCGUGGAGGAGCGACAACUUGUGUGAGGGGACCAUUUAUAGGAGUGCAUUGAUGCUGGAUACUCACUCAAUCCUACUGUCAAAUGUACAAGCUUUCAUUGACUUAGUGAAAUGCAAGUUCUAUCACUUGUAGCUCAACGUUUUACACAGAUUGCACCUUUGUUGUUCUGAAUGUUUCUUUGAGGAUUUACACAAUUAAACAGAUAAGAACACUGUGGUUCACACUAUUUGUUCAGUCCAGAAAAAAUAAAAUUCAGAUUACAUUUUUUUUUCAAAAAUUGUGGUAUGUAUCAUUACAUGCAUGCAGAAUAUUUUAAUAUCAGCACAUCCGAUUGGUAUUUAGUCCAAAAGUAAAUGGUGUUUUAAUGGUGACAGCCUAUUAUGAAGUGAUGCUUACUCUAAAUCAGAGUUAACCGACCACUGCUGCCCCAACAAACUAUACAGUCACAUUAAUUCAAAAAGUGAGUAGAAUACAGUUUAAAAUAUCUCAUAACUAUUUAUUCACAUUUAAAUAAACCAAUUCAACAAAUUCAAAUAACUUCAACCAAACUUAAUCACAUUUAUAUACUCACCAAAAUUUGGUAUUUACAGUAAGUAUGGUAUGUGUUGAUGGAUAUUUCUAUUCAUCAUGAUGUUAAAUGAAAACCACCCUGGCUUAGCAAAUAUUUUGUAUGACGAGGGCUAUCUGAGGUACUGAAGAGAGGAGGGGAGCAGGAAGGCAUGUUUAAAUAAUAACGUGUAUUGUAUGAGUCUAAAAAAUAAUCAUGCAUAUUUGGAUUGUAGGUUCCAGGUUCCAGGAAAGAAAAAUGUAGAGAGGGGUGAGGAUAUCAAAAUAUUUGGAAAAGCCCAAAAAUGGCCCUGCAAAUCUAAAUUUUGCAAGUGGUAAUUUGUUUCACUGAAUAAUCUGAAAGAAACCUUUCCUCACAAAGAGUUUAUGGAUAAAAUGUCAGGCUUGUUUUUUCCCACUUCAGUACACAAAAUUCUGCACUAAAUCCUGAAUUCAAGGACAAACAUUUUACUUAUUGCAUAAUUCAUUCUCGGACAUGAAAGUGUCAUUUAAAGCACAGAAUACAAAUGAUCUGGAGGAAGACAUAGUAUUGAAAAUUGUAUAUAGUAAUUUAUUGAGGAAGUAUUAUGUAGGCAAUACCAAAAGCCAAUAUUUUAGUUUCCACAUUUGAGUUGGUUUAUUACAUCUGUUGAUGUAAAUCAGAUUCAUGUCCUGUUUUGCUGAAAUAUAUAUAAGCACUGUGGUAUUAAUUAGAUUUUCAUGAAUCCUAAUAUUUAAGUAUUUUUAAGUAUUAAAAUACCAACCAACCAGCCAUACUGGACUUGAAACCCAUUAUUUCCUAGACUAUUUAGAUAUAUAUUUCCUUAUCUAUAAAGAUAUUAAACAGUCCUUUGCUGAAAUAAGGGAAAUGUUAUUAAGAUAUAUUGAUGUUGUGCAAUGAAUAGUGCAUUAUCACAUUACAAAUUUUAAGUUGUAGUUUUAAUGCAGUUGUGAUAGAAUGGAGUGAGUGAGAAAGAAUGACUCAUCGGGUAAAUCUACAUGGCUGAUGAAGCUAGUAAGGGGUGAAGCAUGCAAGAACAUUUGUAGAAACAUCCUUGUUUUAAAACGUGUGUGUAAAAAGGUGAAUAAAAUGAAACAA